UAGUUUCUAACACUGAAUGAGCCCCACCACCCUGAUUGCUAACCACUUUUUUGCUUUUGUUUUCCUUGACUCCAUUGUGUGUGUGUUUGUGUGUCUCUUUAGCUCAGGUAGAAACGCCCCUUUCAACUCAGGAAGACAACCCAGGGUCUUCAGACUACUGGGGUCCUCGGCCAAUAGAAGCUCUUUUGCCACCAAGCAAAUUUCAUCACACCUGAACCAUCCUCUCUGAGAGCUCCUUGGACUAACCAUUUCUAUUUCCAGCAAUAUCAAUAACUGGUAGGGAUCUUCCUUCCUCCCCCCCCCCCCCCGGAACCAACCAGCCAAAAGGUUUAGCGCUAGCUUUUUAGCUCAAGAGUUGGAAUGAAGAUGAUAGAGCAAAAAUAUGCUAGCAGUGAACCUAAAGGGGGACCAGAAGGAGCAACAAAGCCUAUCAGAGCAGUUUAUUCUGAAUAUACGACUAAGCAGUCAGGAUGUGGAGCAUCCGAAGACGGCAAAGGGGGACCCGGCAAGAGGAGGCAAGAGCGCUGGGAAGCCCAGUGGCAGCAGUUCCUGAGGACCCUGCAGCCCCUUCACCCAGAAUGCAGAAGCCCCCCAGAGACACCUGAGUCUGCCCCCUGGGAAGACGCCAAGGCCUUCCUGGCCUCCUUUGAGCAAGUGGCCAAAGCCUGCCGCUGGCCCAGAGGAGAGUGGGCGGCCCGGCUCCUGCCUGCGCUAAGUGGGGAAGCAGACGAGGCCUUCCAGAGCCUGGAAGCCGGAGACAGAGAGGAUUAUGGGAAGGUGAAGGCGGCCAUCUUGCGAGGGGCCGCCCUGAGGACGGAGGCCGAGCGCCAACACUUCCGGCAGUUCUGCUGCCAGCAGGUGGAGGACCCCCGGAGGAUCCACCUGCAGCUUCAGGAUCUCUGCCAUCAGUGGCUGAAGCCGGAGAGACGCAGCAAGGAGCAGAUCCUGGAGUUGCUGGUCCUGGAGCAGUUCCUGGCCAGCCUCCCGCCAGAGCUGCAGAGCUGGAUCAGAGCAGGAGGACCAGAGUCGUGUUCGCAGGCUGUGGCCCUGGCGGAGGAGUUUCUGAUGGGCAGCCAGCAAGACUUGGACGAGGCUGCAGAGUGGCAGGAUGCAUGCAUGGAUUCCGUGGAUUCAGAGGAGGUACGAUCGGAUGUUGCCCAAGGACGGAUCUACAGAGAUGGGGAGAUCAGUUUGCUAGGUGAACAAGACAGGUGCUGGAUGAAGAUGGAGAAAUCCCAGUUGGGAGAGAAUUCGCCGAAAGAAAUGCACAGGGAGUUAGCGGGAGAAUUCCGUCAGGAUAUUUCGGCUGUGACACCUGGAAUUCCUGAGCAGAAAAAUAAUUCCAAAGGACAACAGGAGAAGCAGCUGGUGAAGAGAGAAACACAAUGCAGUGGCCUCUCAGGAGUUAUUGCAGUCUCUGUUAGUGAAACCUCAGCAGUGGCCACAGACAGUGGAAAGACCUGCAGGAGAAAAUAUAAGUCAGAGAAGCCUUUUGAGUGCCCCACAUCAGCGAGAGACAGCCAGUCGGUAUGUUGCCUUGAGAAACUACAGGGAAUACUUAGGGGGGAGAAACAAAAUACAUUGCCUGCAUGUGGGGAAAAUUUAUGUGGGAGAGAGGAGUUUGUUGGACACCAGGACAGCCGCACAGAAGAGAGCUCCCACGAAUGCCCAGAAGAUGAGAAACGCUUCAGACAUAGACAUCGGAACAAUAAUUCAGGAAGGAAACCCCACAAAUGUUCUGUUUGCGGGAAAAACUUCGCCUUCAGAGCAGAGUUAGCAAGACAUCAUAGAAUUCAUACGGGAGAGAAACCAUACGGGUGUUCUCAGUGUGGGAGAAACUUCCGGCAGAGAGUGCACUUAGUUAAGCACCAGAGCAUCCAUACUGGGGAGCUGUUCCAAUGCCCUGAAUGUGGGAAGGGCUAUUCCCAGAGAGAUACGUUGGUAAGACACCAGAGAACUCACAGGAUGCUCCCUGCGUCCUCUGAGGGUGGGAAGAGUUGAAAUCGGGGCAGCAUGUUCGCUGUGCAGGCCCCUGCCAUACCUGUACCAGUGGCCAUAUUCCCAUUGGGAGUAGCCAGCAUUAGGCCUGAAAAUGGGAUUGAGCUCAAAAAGCUCUCUGAAAGCCCGUAGUAAAGAACAACUAUGUCCGCUUUCAGUUAGACUCUUAGGUCUCAAAUGUGUUAGUCACAAGGCACCAGUUACUCAUAUACGUAUAAUAAUUUACACCAGUUACUCAUAUACGUAUAAUAAUUUCAAUAAUUUCAUUAUUUAUACCCCGCCCAUCAAUAUACAUAAUGCAUGCUGAAACUAAAAGCUUAUCCACGAAAAUGCAGUGGUGAGGAAGCAUGCAUAUUAAGCAUGCAUAUUAAGCAGAAUAUGUAGUUGUGGCUAUAAUCGCAUAACUUGGGCUGCAGUCCUAACCCCACUUUAUCCUGGACAUAAACCCCAUUGAAUUCAGUAGGACUGGCAUGGUUAGGAACACACCGUUCUAGUCCUUAUGGAAUACCCUCUUCAUUGACAAAACAAAAUAAAAUAAAAAA